GGCGUGCGCUCGUCAACUUUGAAUUUCAUAUUAAUAAAAAAAAGAAACUGUGGCCAGUGUCUGUGACGUGAGUGCUCUGUAUUUGGAAUUUGGAAGCCAGCCCGACAAGGGAUGCUGGGUGUGUAGUGUUGUUGAAUUUCAGUUUGUGAUUAAAUCUGAUAUAACGAUAAAUAAAAACCAUAUGUACAUCAAACAUGUGUUUGAAGAGUACAUUUGUACAAAAAAGUAUGAUGGAUAUACCGAAGAGGCUUAAGUGAAUUAAGCGAUAUAGAAAAAAUAAAAAUGUCGGUAAAAGCCAGUGUGGGUUAAGUGAAGGAGCAAAAUGGCCAGCAAAGGUUUUGGCGAGGUGAUCAGCUUUUUCUUGGCCGUGGCUUUCUGUGUUACGUGCCCGGAAUAUGUAUCAUCAGCUCAACGUGAGACUGGAAAGGGUAUGAACAACAAUGCAUCGGCUACAGCAACGCCCGGCGCAGACAACGUCAUCCGACCAGCCUUAGCCGAGCCCCGCCCAACCCCACGAACCGGCCCCUACUUCGAUUUAGUGGCGUCCAAGAAUGUCACCGCAUUACUGGGAAAGACCGCUUACCUAAAUUGCCGAGUGAAAAACUUAGGGAAUAAAACACUCAAUAUGCAGGUAUCUUGGGUGAGACACCGAGACAUUCAUUUGCUGACUGUAGGUCGCUAUACCUACACAAGCGACCAGAGAUUUAGAGCUAUUCACCUACCACACUCAGAAGAUUGGACAUUACAGAUAAAAUAUCCACAGCACAGGGAUUCUGGGAUAUACGAGUGUCAGAUAUCUACCACUCCACAUAUGAGUCACUUUAUACACUUGAAUGUCGUUGAGCCGACGACAGAAAUUAUAGGCGGUCCAGACUUGUAUAUCGAUCGCGGCAGUACUAUCAAUUUAACAUGCGUAGUACUCUAUUCACCUGAACCACCGGCUUAUAUAUUUUGGAACCACAAUGACGCGAUUAUAAGCUACGACUCCCCCCGAGGUGGAGUAUCUGUUGUAACAGAGAAGGGGGAAACGACAACAUCUUUCCUUCUUAUCCAACAAGCGAGGCCGUCAGACUCCGGCACUUACCAGUGCAAUCCGAGCAACGCUCAGUCGAAAAGCAUCGUUGUACACGUACUUAAUGAAGCAAAUUCGAUUUUCCCUUUGUCAGGUGAGUAUCCAGCCGCGAUGCAGAGAGGAGGGCAGACUUUCGAACCCACAUCGACUUACUGCAUUCUUCUGGCAACCAGUCUUUUUAUAGCUUUAUCUUGACAUACAGCUGGUGUUAUUGACAUGUAAAUAUAAGCCCAACCUAUUCCGCUGUUUAUAAUGAUGCACUUGACUGAUUGUGAAACAGCCUAGAAAUAUUUAUUUAUUCUUACAUUUCAAUUUAUUGUUCGAUUGAAAAGAAUAUAAAGGGUAUUACUACUCUUCUUCCGUAUAAUUUGUACAAAGUGGGCUCACACGUGGCAUUAUAAUAUAACAUUGUCGACUUCAUUUUAUAGCUUGUGUGUUUUUUUAUUGCAUACAAAUAUACAAUGAAAAUUAAAAAAAAAAAAUGAAUACAUGAUAAAUAUCAUUAUAAGCAGCUGAAACAGUUUUACUAUUUUAUAGUGUGGGUUGUGUUAUGUAUGAUAGUAUAUUUAAUUAUCCACUGAGCAAGUAGAUAUGCUUGUUUCUCAUAGAUUUGUAUAUAAACUAAAUUAAGAUAACUUGCUGAUUUGAUUUCAUCACUUCUAGUAUAAACAGCUAUAUGUUUUCCUAGUAUCCAUUUAGCAUCUCUAUAAAAUGAUAAAUUAAUUAGGAUGUUCAAAAUUAAUCAAAUAAUAGCGGAGAUUUCUGAUCUAAAAUUCAUUCUAUCUUCCGUUCGUAAGAAUAAAAAAUGACAAUCGAAGGAUAAAAUCGCAGGUGAUGAAGAGUGAAGAAAUUGUGAGUUACAAAAGUAAAACAGGAAUGAAAACACAGCUGACAAUACUAUAAUUACAAAAAAGUUUAGAAAAUACGAGGACUGUAUAUAUAAAGAGUAAAGAUAUACGAAUCAUUCUAUAUAGUUUUACUCUGUAAAAUGUAAAUUGUAAGUAACGUUUUUAUCUGUGGAUUGAAACGUAAUGUAAAUAUACGUAUUAUAUGUAUGAGUAUAUAAAUACUUUCACGGGUCAUUUAGUCUUUAUUUUCGGAUUUCUAAGUAUAAAGCUCGUACUAUCUACACAUACUUAGAAUUACUAAACGUCUAAAUAAUGUAUUAAAUGACUGUAACUAUUGUUUAAUACACUUGUUAAGACAUCGUACUUUUUUAAAAUGAUUUUUACCGUUGUAUUUUUUGAAAAUAUAACCGCUUUAUAUAAAUUUAGAAUGACCCGCUAAAGUCUAUGAGAAUAUAAUAGAUAUUAUAUAAGUUAUUUUAGUACUACAGAAAAAAUAUAUAAAUUUUACAUUUUAGUAAAUUAUGUAAUGUUUAAUAAAAAAAAAAUGUAUAAUAUGCUAUAUUAAUUGUGAUCUUUCCUUUAGUGAAAUCAAAAAUUGUUUUGUUUUAUCUUUUGUGUAGAUUGCAUUCAUUUGUAAAUUAUAAAUCAGUGUAAAAAUGGGAAAUAAAAAAAUCCUAAUAUUUUAUUCGGAAGCACUUGUAAUCGUUCCCCGUCCUGACACAAUUUCCUCACUUGUAGUUUGAGGUUGAAGUGCUUUUAAAGACAGAUGCUGUCAUAAAACUAUUAUUAUUUCAAACGUCUAAUUGUACAUAAUUGUUUACGUGUUAUUUAUAUUUAGUAUUUGAAUCAUCUUUGUGUAAAUUUAUGAGAAAAAUAUUUCAUCGUAUCUAUCUUGUGAUAGGUUACGUGACAGAUCUCGACUAUUAUAACCAGUUAAUAUGUGGAAAGUUUAUUAUCGUAUACAAAUAACAAUAGAAUACUUGUUGUAUGUAUUGUAAUUGAUGCUCUGUGCGCAGUAUAAAUUACAUCUGUAAUAAACAUUAUAAAGAAAUAAUAAAGUUUUGAAAAAA